AUGGUAUCAGAGUUAAGUACUAGAGAUGGGUAUGGUGUGUUUCUGUGGCCUGCACGCAACAAGUGCUGCCGAUAUAGGAUACGAAAAAAAAAGAAGACACGUAUUCCAGGAAACGCAGCAGUGUUCUCUAUGAAAAAUCGAGUCCGGAGCUUCCCUCACGUUGAAGGAAACUAUGCUUUGCACGUUUACAUCCCGGUUCGGAUACCUCCAACACCAAAGAAGGAGUUGACCCAAUUUCUGAAGAGGGUCUCAUCUCUUGUGCCUGGUUUAAAUGCUAUUGACGUAGACAUCCCACUCGAAGUGCUGUGCCCAGAUGAUUUGAAGCUCGAACAAGUUCCCCUGGGGAGAGAAUUCCACAUAAGUUUGGGGAGAACUGUUCCAAUUCGAGUGCAUCAAAUCGAGUCAGUGGUGGCAAUGCUUCGUCAAAAGCUUCAGUUUCAGAGGAGGUUAGAUAUAGGUCCAAAUAUGAUGUUCCAAUUCAAUUACUUUUAUGGUUGUCUCACUUUUGUCCCUUUGGGCGUGUUUGAUAGCCGGAUUCAAGGAUGGGAUGAGAUUACGAAGGUGGAGGGGCACUCUAAAACCUUUAAUUGUUCUUUUUGUUUUCAUGAUGGGGUACUUUUGCUUUGCAUUGGUUCUUGGCCGCAGGAUCCACGCCCUCAUAUAUCGAUAGCUUGGGGAAUGGGUGAUAUUAGUGAUUUAUUGAAAAGAGUGGUUGUAGAAGCUUUGAAGGAAUUCACUGCGCUUAGAGGAUACGCAGGAAAAUGUAUUUUUACCUGCAAAUUUAGUGGUAUCAACUGUAAGAUAGGCAAUAAAGCCUACGAAAUAUGUAAA